GAAGGAAAGCACAUGGACAUGCACAGGCUGAUCGCCGAGGUGAGGCUCCGACCCGCUCUCUGGGAUCCCACGCAUCCGGACCACGCCAAUCGACCGGAGACGCAGCGGCUCUGGAGCAGUGUUUCGGAGGCAGUCGGGCUCAAUGUGGACUUGUGUCGCACCAAAUGGAAAAAUCUGCGUUGCAGUUAUCGCCGCCAAAACCGGCGAAGUGGCCUUUCCAGAGCAAAUCCCCAAGCUGGUUCCCCAGUGCAUCAAUGGUCCUAUGCCGAGGCCAUGAGCUUUUUGGAUAAUCUACGAUUGCGUGAGGAUCGAGAUAGUAGCAACAACGACGAGGAGGAGGAAGUACCAGUAGAUGGGGGAGAACCCAAGGAGGAACCCGACUCCCUGAUGACCUUCAAGACAGAAGACUCCCAGCAAGAAAUGGAGGCGGACAAUGAUGCCCUAAUGCAAGAGUUUCAGAACGUGGCCACCCCUCAGGCCCUGCGACGACUCUCUCAGAGCAUUUCCCUGGCCAGUGCAGCGGCCGAGGAGGAGGCAAGACCCCCACCAAACCGAGGAUUGGGUUUGGGUAUGCCCAUGAGUGUGACCAUCAAAGCCCAGCCGAAUUUGGACCAAGGAACCGCUCUGGCAGCAGCCGCUGCGAGUAGCUGCCAUUGUGCCAAGCGGGUGGAUGAACAGGUUCACUUCCUGGAGAAUCUCGAACGCGAGGAGCAGCAGUUGAUGCAGUCCACCAGCCAGGAUCUGGCCCGUUGCAAGAAUAUCCUCCAUGUGGGCGACUCGGACUACAAUUACUUGAUCAGCUUUCUGCCGCUCAUGAAGCAGAUGACGCCCAUUCAGAAUGUGUUUUUCAGAGCCAAGAUGGGUGAACUCCUGCUGCAGACAAUGCAACAGCCGCCGCAGUAACAGAUGAUGCAGCAGCAACUGCAACAGCAGCAGCAGCAGCAACAGCAACUGCAACUGCAACAGCAGCAACAACAACCACAGCCCUCACAAAUGUUAUUGAACCAGCAGCAGAUGGCCUUGGACCAGGCCCAAGUCAGCACUAGCUCCACCAAUUGGAACUGAAUCGCUUCGAGGGGGUUUAUAGAGUGGGGGAGAUAAUGAGACAUAUAUUGUAUAAGAAUGCACUCUAUAUUUUAGCAUACAUAUGUAUAUAUAUUAUAUAUACAGAUAUGGAUUAAGGAAGCGAGAGAGACAAGUCCUUAGAGUGCGCAUGGUCAGUGCACAUUGGUUGCAAGGCUGAGAUUAAUUUUAUGACUUUAAUACGACGUUUAUUUUCAAUAAUUUGAAAAUAAUAAUAAAUAAACGAUUUUAUAUGUA